CUGUGCGGACUGUGUUUCUGCAGGGAAAUCAAUAGUGACAAAUCUGAAUUAGAUUGAGCCUAGUCAAUUGUUUAAAAGCCGCAUCAAAAUCCGGAACAAUACUGAUUUUUUUUUUUAAACUGAAGUCAUCGGGAAAAUCUGCAACAAAUCUAAACUGCGGGUAUAUUUCUUUGCAGCAUUUGGAUUUGUCAUUCGCAAUACAAUGUAGAUUUCCCAUCUGUAAAUCUGCAGCGGAUAAUGGAGGCGGAUGUGUCCGGUGUGAACAUACCUUUACAGGUGUCACUGUCAGCAGACGUCCGUAUAUACAGUAUAUAGUACGUAUAUAUAUCUCCCUAUUAUGUACAGGGAGUGAAGGGUUAGCCUUAAGUCCCUGCUGUGCCAGCACUGUGGUCUUGGCAGCUUGGUGGCACACUAUGGGGCAGCACAGGUAGUACACCGAGCCAUGGAGGGCGGUACCGCGACGUCUACACAGCAGCCCGCUCACAAGGCAGGAGGGGACAGCACCUGAGGGUAGAGCGCACCUGACCCACCAGCCUGGGGAGGAGGCGGCUGCCGGGCACCGGGCCAGACUGGCACAGGGAGGAGUGCUGGGUCCUGCGGUGCGGUACCGGGACUUCCCUGUAUAAUAAGUGUCAGCUGCGGCUUCCCCGGACCCCUGAGCUCUGGAUGGAAGAGAAGGCAGACGUGUCCCGGCUCCGCGCCCUUUUCCUCUCCUAUGCCGCCGAGCGCUCCGGCCGCCUGGGGAGGGAGGACUUCUCGUCCCUGUGCACCGAGCUCCAGGUGACUCCGUCAGAGGUGGAGAACAUCUUCAGGCGCCUGGACAGGGACAGGGACGGCUCCAUCACCUACGAGGAUUUAAUCAUGGGCUUCCGUGGGACUCAGGGGCUACAGGCGGCAGAGGAGCUGUCCGGUGCGGAGCCCAAGAGGAGCCCCCGCCUGUCUGAGAGUGAAGUCCUGGAGGAGGAGAACUUCAGCCCCGGCUGGAAAGACUUCACCUUGAGGCUGGGCGACGAGUCCAACUACAUCCCAAGGAAAGAAAAAGCUAGUGUACUGUAUCAGAACAUCAACUUAGUGGAACCACGCUUAGUACAGCAAUACGAGCAUGUCAUCAGAAACUUUGUUCGGGAGAUCAGACUUCAAAGCACAGAAAUGGAAAACUUAGCUAUUGCAGUGAAAAGAGCCCAGGACAAAGCGGCUAUGCAGCUGAGUGAGCUAGAAGAAGAGAUGGAUCAUCGGAUACAGGCGGCUGAGAACAGGAUAAAGAAAGAGGAGAAGAGAAAAGCAGAGGAGGCUCUCACUGACCUAAAGCGCCAACAUGAAUCUGAGGUUGCUGAACUCCAGGUUGCAAUUAAAAAGCUAAAAAAGCUGGAAGAACAGUCAAAGAACAUAAGCUUAAAGGAAGAUGUGGCUGCUCUGAAGAAACGUCUGCAUGAAUUGACCUUGGAAAAUCAAAAACUUAAAAAAGAUCUCCUAGAGGCUCAAACCAGCAUCUCUUUUCUCCAGAGUGAACUGGAUGCUCUGAAGAGCGAUUAUGCGGAUCAAAGCCUGACCUCUGAAAGAGACAUGGAAGUUAUCAGGGAAUAUACAGAUGAACGUGACAAUUUGGCACGGCAAAUCGAAAUUUUGCAAACAGCUAAUAGAAAGCUGCAUGACAGUAAUGAUGGACUGCGGACCGUGCUGGAGAACAGCCUGAUCAAGUAUAACAGAUCACUGCGUGCAAACACUUCACCUGGAAGUACAAUUUCCAGACACAGUCCUAAGCUAAACAGAUCUAAUUCUCCCUACGACCGGUCUCCUCGAUCAUCCUUCUUAGAUGAAGACUAUGAUACUUUGGCGGCAUGUGAUCCAAUGCAGAGAAUGAACUGUGAGGUUGACAGCCUUCCUGAAAGUUGUAUAGACAGUGGACUGUCCACCUUGAGGGACUCCAAUGAAUACGAUUCUGAGGUAGAAUACAGGCCUCCAAGAAGUUUUCAGCGCUCACGAUUUGCUCAUGAAGGCUAUGGCGGUGAUGCAUCAGAUACAGAUGUUCCUGAAAUUCGGGAUGAAGAAUCUUAUGCUCCUGAAUCUGGUGGCUCAUAUCUAGAUUGGAAACCAUCACGACCGGUCAGCAGGAGCAGCUCAGGUGCAUCAUCGAGAAAGUGUAUCUCAGCAUUGCCUGCACAUGUGACAAAUGCAGAGACUACUGCAGACCGUGUGAGCAAAUUUCCCAGCACCGAGAAAGCAUACAAGAUAGUCCUCGCUGGGGAUGCUGCUGUCGGGAAGUCCAGCUUUCUCAUGAGACUUUGUAAAAAUGAGUUUCGAGGGAACACAAGUGCAACCCUGGGUGUGGAUUUUCAGAUGAAGACAUUGGUGGUGGAUGGGGAACCAGCUCUAUUACAGUUGUGGGAUACAGCAGGUCAGGAGAGAUUUAGGAGCAUUGCAAAGUCUUACUUCAGAAGAGCAGAUGGAGUUUUACUUCUCUAUGAUGUGACUUGUGAGAAGAGCUUCCUGAAUGUAAGAGAAUGGAUAGAUAUGAUCGAGGAUUCAACAAAUGACGGUAUACCUAUCAUGAUGGUUGGGAAUAAAGCUGAUCUCCGACAAACACUAUCAGAACAAGGUCAUAAAUGUGUACCGACCAGUUAUGGAGAGAAAUUAUCCAUGACAUAUGGAGCUUUAUUCUGUGAAACUAGUGCCAAAGAGGGAUCAAAUAUUGUAGAGGCUGUCCUUCAUCUUGCACGGGAAGUGAGGAAACGCACUGAUAAUGAAGAUGACAGAGGAUCUGUAACUAAUCUUUCGGGAGCCAUUACCAAAAAGCCGACACAAAUGAAAAACUGCUGUAAUGUCUAAACUUUUCUAACAAGCCCCUUUCCAAUCAUACAAUGCUACUUUUUAUAAGGUGUUUUGGACAAAGGCUUGUACAUACAGUAUAUGAUGCUAUAAGGCCUGUCUAUUGUCCCCCAUUGCUUCCUCCUGUAAUGCACAUUGCACCUGGUAACUGAUAUAAUAUUAUUUAUGCAUCAGUACAUGUACAGAUUCCAAUAUGGAUAAACUACAGAGAAGAUUAUAACUCAACACCCCUGUCGCUAUUAACCAUGCGUUCUUCUGUCUACAUAUUGAAGAUAUGUAGAAUGCAUGUAAUCGGCCUGUUUUUAUACAUUUAUUUAUAAAUGUGACUUCGUAUGCUUUUUUGGUUUCUCUCUUAGAUACUAUGUGAAUGUCCCUGUAUUUGUCCUUAAUUACACUAUUGCUCUUAUUCAUAAUUUAUUAAAAAAAUUCAUGC